GGCGAAUGUGCUUGGUGAAUUACGCAGUUUUAAAAUGACCUGAACACUCCCAGCUAGCUCGACAAAUGCAGCCACGUCAGCGCCGUUCCAGCCAGCGCAAGCACUGGAAUUGACAGGACUUGAAGUGGCACCGCUACGCUGGCGAAUUUCACAGCACAAGUGGACGACAGUUUGGCAACCAAGUCGGUCUUGGAAUUCGACCCGACGUUGGCCCACCCGACUUGGAGGGUCGAGUUGUUGAAACAACUUGGCAUGCGUUGAACGAUACUACUAGCGUACGAUACGCACGCCGGUGCAGCACAAAAAGCCGCCGUCUGCGACGCGUUUCCCGUCAUGAGCAUGGCCAAGGGGGGCUCCAGCAGCUGCGACGUGCAGUUUUUCCACGGGGGAAACAUCCAGAGGAACUCGAGGACAGCAAGAUCGACUUCUUUACAUGGCUCUGACGGCGCUUGGGUCAGGACAGCUGAGGGCAGGGUGUUGCAAAGGAUAUCCUUGGUGUACAGGUUUAGUUUCUGGAGGUUGAGGCCAUUCGGUCCAACGCAGUUGGGAAGGGACGUGUACAGCGCUUCGAGGUUCUGCACGCAUGCCGGGGCGUCGCAAAAUAUCUUUAAACUUGAGACAGACGCGAUGGCGAGGUCCAGAGCUGGAGCGUUCUCGUCUGAUGCUGCCAUGGCUUGGGAACAAUUCGGCCACGCAGGCAUCAUCGCGACCCCCAGCACCGCCAUCAAGUCGUGCUUUUCGCACGAUUUUGGAGGGUCGAUCGACGACGAAGCAACUGUCGAGGAGAUCAAGGCCAGGACAACGACAUUGCGCAUCGUGCACUUUUGAAUUCGACGUCGAAAGAAGAACAAGGAAG